AUGUGUCCCUUUGUGGUCUGCGGUCCGAUCAAAGCAGGCCAAACGCGCGUCUUCUGGGACCUGGGUAAAUACCCGGCGGUUGCCGUUGCCGGUCUAGGCGAUGCCAGCAAAUGGGACGAGCUGGACGAGAUCGAUGGAGCGAAGGAAAAUGUUCGCGUGGCAACGGCCGCCGCCGUGCGCGCCCUUUCGUCGAACAAGAUCGGCCAAAUCGUGGUAGAAGACAUGGAGCGCCAUGCGCAGCAAGCAGCUGAAGGUGCUACCCUGGCUAACUACAAGUUCCAGGUGUUCAAGAGCAAGGAAAAACAGACUCCACUGCCGGCGGUACACUUUGCCGACGACGCCACCGGGAAGGAUGACUGGGAGCGUGGUGUUAUCAUUGCCGAGGCGCAAAAUUGGGCCCGUUUGCUAAUGGAAACCCCGGCCAACCACAUGACGCCGGCGAUUUUCGCCGCAAACGUCAGCGAACGGUUGAGUGCGGCCGGCGUCGAGGUGCUCGUUCACGACGAAGCCUGGGCCAAGGAGAAGAAGAUGGGUUCGUUCCUGUCGGUCACGAACGGAUCGGCCGAACCGGCCCGCUUUCUCGAGCUUACCUAUCGAGGCUCGCCGGACGAUCGGUGCGUGGCGCUGGUCGGCAAGGGCAUCACUUUCGACUCCGGUGGUAUCAGCCUGAAACCGUCGGCCAACAUGGAUCAGAUGCGCGCCGAUAUGGGUGGGGCGGCCAACGUUGUAUCGACCAUCUUAGCGCUGGCCCAACUGAAGGCACCGGUGCACGUGAAGGGUUUUGUGCCGCUGUGUGAAAAUAUGCCAAGCGGAACGGCAACCAAACCGGGAGACGUGGUGUUUGCCAUGAAUGGCAAAAGCAUCUGCGUGGACAACACCGAUGCCGAAGGUCGGCUGGUGCUAGCCGAUGCACUUUGCUACGCGUCUAGCUUCAAUCCAAAGUUCAUCCUAGACAUUGCAACGCUCACCGGUGCGAUCAAGGUGGCCCUGGGCGAUUGCGUUUCGGGCGUGUUCUCCAACAGCAACGCGUUGUGGAACGUGAUCCACGAGGCCGGCUCCCAGACGGGUGACCGCGUGUGGCGUAUGCCAUUGUUUAAGCACUACAGCGAGCAGAUGUGCGACCAUAACGGGUACGAUUUGAACAAUCUUGGCAAAGGAAAGGGCGGUGGCUCCUGCACGGCGGCCGCGUUUCUGCGCGAGUUCGUACCGAAGGGCACCCCCUGGUUGCACGUGGACAUUGCCGGCGUGAUGGGCGACUGCAGCGACCAAAGCUACACGGGUGCGAAGGGUAUGACCGGACGCCCGAUGCGUACACUUGUCGAGUUCGUUACCAAGGCAAGCAAAACCGUCUAA